ACUGGAUAAAGAGCAAAUUUCUAGAAUAUUCGGUAUACGUCACGGCUUGGACAGCCAAUCAGCAUCGAAAACAGCGCUCUAUCAACGAAACGCGGCAACGUGCUCCUCAGUUUUUAGGUAAUCGUUUAGCUUUGCUGUAUUGAUACACAUUUUCUGUUAUGGCUACUGGCACUGCCCCCGAGCAUGCUGAGACCUUCGCCUUCCAGGCUGAAAUUGCUCAGUUGAUGAGCUUGAUCAUCAACACAUUCUACUCCAACAAAGAAAUCUUCGUCAGAGAGUUGAUCUCCAACUCUUCCGAUGCGUUGGACAAGGUCAGAUACCAGUCCCUUACAGACCCCAGUGUCCUCGAGGCAGAGAAAGAUCUUGAAAUCAGGAUCGUCCCCAACAAAGAUGAGGGAACCCUGACUAUCUUCGAUACUGGUGUUGGCAUGACCAAAGCAGAUCUCAUCAACAAUCUUGGUACAAUCGCAAAAUCUGGCACUAAGUCCUUCAUGGAGGCUCUGACUGCCGGAGCGGACAUAAGCAUGAUCGGACAGUUCGGUGUGGGUUUCUACUCUGCCUACCUGGUAGCUGACAGAGUUGAGGUCCACUCUAAGAAUAACGAUGACGAACAGUACAUCUGGAUCUCUAGUGCUGGAGGCUCUUUCACCAUCCACCAGGAUGAGGAUGCUGAGGAAGUACCCCGAGGAACUAAGAUCAUCCUCUACCUCAGAGAGGACAUGACUGAAUAUCUCGAGGAGAAGAAACUUAAGGACAUCAUCAAGAAGCACUCUCAGUUCAUUGGGUACCCCAUUAAACUGCAGGUGGAGAAGGAGAGAGAGACAGAGGUUAGCGAUGAUGAAGCUGAGCCUGAGGAGAAGGAGGAAGAGGAUGAGGAUACUCCCAAGAUCGAGGAUUUGGAUGAGGAAAAAGAGAAGGAGAAGGAGAAGCCCAAGAAGAAGAUCAAGGAGAAGUACAACGAGUUGGAAGAGCUCAACAAGACCAAGCCUAUCUGGACCAGAAACCCUGAUGAUAUUACUGAGGAAGAGUACGGUUCAUUCUACAAAUCUCUCACUAACGACUGGGAGAACCAUCUCGCUGUAAAACAUUUCUCCGUUGAGGGACAGUUGGAGUUCAGAGCUCUAAUCUUCGCUCCUAAACGUGCCCCAUUCGAUAUGUUCGAGAACAGGAAAAUGAAGAACAACAUCAAAUUGUACGUCCGUCGAGUUUUUAUCAUGGAGAACUGCGAGGAGCUCAUGCCUGAGUACCUGAACUUCAUCAAGGGAGUUGUAGACUCAGAGGAUCUCCCUCUAAACAUCUCCAGAGAAAUGCUCCAGCAGAGCAAGAUCCUCAAGGUCAUCAGGAAGAACUUGGUUAAGAAAUGUCUUGAAUUACUCCAGGAAAUCUUCGAGGAUAAGGACAACUACAAGAAAUUCUACGAGCAGUUUGGUAAGAACCUGAAACUGGGUAUCCACGAGGAUUCCACCAACCGUAAGAAGAUCGCUGACAUGCUUCUUUACUACUCUUCCCACAGUGGAGAUGAGAUGACCGGCCUGAAGGAUUACGUCGGCCGAAUGAAGGAGAACCAGAAGGAUAUCUACUACAUCACCGGAGAAAACAAGGAGAUGGUAAAGAACUCUUCAUUCGUUGAGAGGGUCAAGAAACACGGCUAUGAGGUUCUGUACAUGACUGAGCCCAUUGAUGAAUACUGUGUCCAACAACUGAAGGAAUACGAUGGCAAGAACCUGGUUUCUGUAACUAAGGAAGGAGUUGAGCUGCCCGAAGAUGAUGAAGCCAAGAAGAAGUUCGAGGAAGACAAGGCCACCUACGAAAACUUGUGCAAGGUCAUGAAGGACAUCCUUGACGCCAAGGUUGAGAAAGUCUGUGUUUCCCAACGUCUCGUCACCUCUCCUUGCUGUAUCGUCACCUCUCAAUACGGCUGGACCGCCAACAUGGAGAGAAUCAUGAAGGCUCAGGCCCUCCGAGACAACUCUUCUCUUGGUUACAUGGCUGCCAAGAAACACUUGGAACUCAACCCUGACCACAGUAUCAUCAAGGAGCUGAAAAACAAGGCUGAUGCCAACAAGAACGACAAAUCCGUGAAGGAUCUGGUUAUGUUGCUUUUCGAAACUUCUCUCCUCGCUUCUGGAUUCAGUCUCGAAGAUCCAGCCACCCAUUCUUCAAGAAUUCACAGAAUGAUCGAGCUAGGUCUCGGAAUCGAAGACGACGGCACCGCCGAGGAAGUUAUCGAAGAUCUGCCACCUCUGGAAGGAGAUGACGCUGAGGCAUCUGCUAUGGAGGAGGUUGAUUAACUCUUCCUGAAGCAAUGAACUGCAGAAAGAUUCUUGACACCUUUUUUACGUCUCUUUCUAUUUCCAGAAAAUUUAUUUGUUUGUUUGAUGUUCUGCCGAUCGAAAUCAUAUGUUCGCUGCUAUUUGAUAUAGCGUUUAGCUAAAUAUGUUAUUUAUUUUAUUACCCCAUUUUUA